CUCUCUCUCUCUCUCUCUCUCUCCUGUUUAAGCUCUUCUGUCUAGUAUUGAAUCUGAAUCAAUUAGGGUUUCUUAUUUAUCCUUCUUGUACACAAUUCACGCAUCCAUUCGUUAAUCUCCCCAAUUCUUGUGUUUUCAGACGAUUGUGCCCAUACAAUCCUAUCCAAUCUGAAACCCUCCAACCAUGGGGGGCCAUGGAGGCCAUGGAGGUCUGAACAUACUUUUUCAGAAGCGAUGGAACGUGUACAACUGCGAUAACCGAGAAAAAGUUCGACAAGAUGAAGAAGCGGCGGCGAAAGAAGAACAGCUCAAACGCGAACAAUCUCGAAAGCGUGAUGCCAAGUUUCGCCUCGAAAAGCUCCGCCAAACUCGUGGCAUAGCCCCCUCGGCCCACGCCACUACUUCUUCGGUUGAAUUGGAGUUGAAAUCUGAAUCGAAGUCGGAUUCGAAUCAUAUUAAUUUGUUCGAGGGAAUUAAGAUUUUUGAUCCGGUUAGGGGUGGAAUUGAAGGUGAAGUUGAGAAAAAAGAUGGAAAUAAGAAGAUGAAAUUGAUGAAGAAAGAGAAGGGGCCGAUGUUGGUGAUGCCAGAGGAUGAGAAGUAUAGGCUGGGGUAUGGAGUUGCCGGAAAAGGAGUGAAAUUGCCAUGGUAUUGGGUGAAGCCGAGUGAUAAUGAGGAUGGGAAGAGUAGUGGGAAUCAUAGUGAUGAUGAUGGUAAAUUUAGAGUGGGGAAGGACGGGGUGAAGAGUAGUGGGAAGAAGACAUUGCAGGAGUUGAGGGAAGAAAGGUUGAAAAGAGAGAGAAGAGAGAAAGAACGAGAACGGGCGUUGGUACUAGAGAAGAGCCGGAGGGAUGGAGGAUUUUCUUCAAGGAGGUAAGGCGAGUUUAAUUGGAAUUAUAGUUCGUUUUGUUUUGUGCUUGCUUAAAUAUUGAGGUGGAUCAGUGUUUGGCGUGGCAGUGUAUUUUAUUGCUGGCUGCAUUGUUGUUUGUUUGGUAUAGUAUUUUCAAUUUAUUUACGGAUUCUUUCUCUGCAUUGGGUUUGCGACAUUUCGAGUCUAGGGUAGAUGAAAAGCAUUUUGCUUGAUCGGAUAAAUCAAGGGUUACAUGAUAAAAGUCUCGAUAUGCUUUGUAAGACAUGUGAAUAUGAAUCGGACUAGAAUGCGUGUGAAUUAUGAUACAUCUCCUAUUAACACAUUUGUAAUUAGGUAACCUGGUAGCGACAGUGCAAAAUGUUCAGUGGCUGUUGAUACUACCAUGUCGAAUAGGUUCCGAUAUAUCUAUUUAUUUUGUAACUUAGCUA